AUGGUAGUUCAGGAGACUCAUCGACAACCAGAAUACGAAGGUGCAGAGGACCUUGGCCAUGGUGCCAGCACAGGACGGAUGAAUCCUCUAGAUUCGUCCACCUUCCGAGGGCCUGAAGAGCAUUCACGUUCGACUCUCCACCUCGUCGAGAGAUCUUCGAGGCUUGGCCCGGCCUGUUGCUCAGUCUCCCCUACUCCCGGCUUCGCACGACCGCGUCUGAAUCCAGCUUAA